AGGCAAGACGCACGAACACCUAUUCAGCGUCCUGUAAGCAACGCAAGCGUGAUAAAUAAAAUACGGGCAUCUAUGGAAUCCCGAUGCGAAGCUUAACAAGCUACCCUACGCAAGCGGCUGAUAACCGUUUAGCCUGUAACCAACAAUAGUCCAUCAUGUCUCGCACCUUUGCCCUUCCAGCGGGCGUGCAGCUCCUGCCCGGCCCACCUUCCCUGCAUCCAACCGCUAGCCCUGCCUCCUUCCGCUCCCAUCACCACCGCCACCGGCUGCCCGCACACCCUCGCAGCCACCCCAACCCCCCGCUCCUCCCAGGCAGCAGCAGCCGUACCUUCCUCCACCACCACACUCGCACCGCACCUCUUGCUGCUGCUGUGACCCCACCCGCUGGGUCCCUGUCAGCGCACGUGUUCGCAGCACCAGCACCAGGCAGAGCGGAUGCUACAGCGGGUGCAACAACAACUUCACGGCAGCAUGCUGCACCUGCAGCUGCACCAACGGGCCCCGCCGUACACCUCCUUUCCUACAGCAGCGACAGCAGCAACACAAGCAGCUGUACGGCAGAUGGGAACACAGGCGGUUGCAGUACCGUUACCGGCAGCUGUGGUAGCAGUCUGCGCAGGAGCCAGCGCGGCUGCGGACCCGCCGGUGGUUGGGCGGGUGUUGCAUGCUGGCUGGGGAGUGGGGUGGCGGCGAGGCGGGCAGCAGCAGGAGCAGGCGGAGCGGGGCUGUCGGCAGCAGCGGGAACAGGCGGAGGCGGCCGUGUGGUGCAGGGGCGCGGGAGGCGCGGGGCCACAGCGGCCCGCACUAGGCCUCUGCAUGCGGCCAAGUCCUCCGGCGCCGGCAGUACGGCAGGGGGUGGCAGCGGGGGCGGUACGGCAGCGCCUGACUUGCUGUCCGGGCUGUACGGCACACCGCAGGUUGGCAGCCUGGUUGUGUUCUCCAAGAACGAGCGCAGCGUGUUGGGUCGGGUGGCGGCCGCUGACGGCAAGAAGAACUGGUUCGUGGAGGACCAGGCGGGUCGGCGCACCUCGGUGGCCCCCAAGCAGCUGCAGCUGGUGCUGUCGGCG